CGGCGCUCGCUCCUCCGCAGCCGCGCCAUGCCCUCCUACACGGUCACCGUGGCCACCGGCAGCCAGUGGUUCGCGGGCACCGACGACUACAUCUACCUCAGCCUGGUGGGCUCGGCGGGCUGCAGCGAGAAGCACCUGCUGGACAAGGCCUUCUACAACGACUUCGAGCGCGGCGCGGUUGACUCGUACGAUGUGACGGUGGACGAAGACCUGGGCGAGAUCCAGCUGGUGAAGAUCGAGAAGCGCAAGUACUGGCUGCACGACGACUGGUACCUGAAGUACAUCACGCUGAAGACGCCGCGCGGGGACUACGUCGAGUUCCCCUGCUACCGCUGGAUCACGGGCGAGGGCGAGAUUGUCCUGAGGGAUGGGCGCGCAAAGUUGGCCCGAGAUGACCAAAUUCACAUUCUCAAGCAGCACAGGCGUAAAGAAUUGGAGACUCGGCAAAAACAGUACCGAUGGAUGGAGUGGAACCCUGGCUUCCCUUUGAGCAUCGAUGCCAAGUACCACAAGGACUUACCCCGAGACAUCCAGUUUGAUAGCGAGAAAGGAGUGGACUUUGUUCUCAACUACUCGAAAGCGAUGGAGAACCUGUUCAUCAACCGCUUCAUGCACAUGUUCCAGUCUUCCUGGCACGACUUCGCUGACUUCGAGAAGAUCUUUGUCAAGAUCAGCAACACUAUUUCUGAGCGGGUCAUGAAGCACUGGCAAGAAGACUUCAUGUUCGGCUACCAGUUCCUCAAUGGCUGUAACCCCGUGCUCAUCCAACGCUGUACAGAGCUGCCCAAGAAGCUUCCGGUGACCACGGAGAUGGUGGAGUGCAGCCUGGAGCGACAGCUCACCUUGGAGGAGGAGGUGCAGCAAGGGAACAUCUUCAUUGUGGACUAUGUGCUCCUUGAAGGCAUUGACGCCAACAAGACAGACCCUUGCACACACCAGUUCCUGGCCGCGCCUAUCUGUCUGCUCUACAAGAACCUGGCCAACAAGAUUGUCCCCAUUGCCAUCCAGCUCAACCAAACCCCAGGAGAAGAGAACCCCAUUUUUCUCCCUUCGGAUGCAAAAUAUGACUGGCUUUUGGCCAAAAUCUGGGUGCGGUCCAGUGAUUUUCACGUCCACCAGACCAUCACCCACCUUCUGCGCACACACCUGGUGUCAGAGGUGUUUGGUAUUGCCAUGUACCGCCAGCUGCCCGCAGUGCACCCCAUUUUCAAGCUGCUGGUAGCCCACGUGAGGUUCACCAUCGCCAUCAACACCAAGGCCCGUGAGCAGCUCAUCUGUGAGUACGGCCUCUUUGACAAGGCCAAUGCCACUGGAGGCGGAGGGCACGUGCAGAUGGUACAGAAGGCUGUUCAGGAGCUGACCUACGCCUCCCUGUGCUUCCCGGAGGCCAUCAAGGCCCGGGGAAUGGACAGCACCAAAGAUAUCCCCUACUAUUUCUACCGUGAUGACGGGAUGCUGGUGUGGGAGGCCAUCCUGAUGUUCACAGCCGAGGUGGUGGGCAUCUACUACGAGAGCGACCAGGUGGUGGAGGAAGACCAGGAGCUGCAGGACUUCGUGAAGGACGUUUACGUGUACGGCAUGCGGGGCAGGAAGGCCUCAGGCUUCCCCAAGUCCAUCAAGAGCAGGGAGAAGCUGUCCGAAUACCUGACCGUGGUGAUCUUCACGGCCUCAGCCCAGCACGCGGCUGUGAACUUCGGCCAGUAUGACUGGUGCUCCUGGAUCCCCAAUGCCCCCCCGACCAUGCGGGCUCCGCCGCCCACGGCUAAGGGCGUGGUGACCAUCGAGCAGAUAGUGGACACGCUGCCCGACCGCGGCCGCUCGUGCUGGCAUCUAGGUGCAGUGUGGGCGCUCAGCCAGUUCCAGGAAAACGAGCUGUUCCUGGGCAUGUACCCCGAGGAGCACUUCAUCGAGAAGCCCGUGAAGGAGGCCAUGGACCGAUUCCGCAAGAACCUGGAGGCUAUAGUCAGCACAAUCGCUGAGCGCAACAAAAACAAAAGGCUCCCCUAUUACUACUUGUCCCCUGACAGGAUUCCCAACAGCGUGGCCAUAUGAGCCCCAGUUUGUGGGGGACCCCACUGGCUGACCCUGCCUCUCUUCUAGGAGACAGAGGCUUCAGCCAGCCAGUCUGACAGGCUCUGGGCUGGUUCCCCACCUCACGCUUGCAGGAAUUCCCUCGUGUUUCAAAUCAAAGGCUACUUCAGGAUGGGUCCUGUUGGGGCAAAGCGUUUCCCUGUUUCCUCCUGUCUUUGGUCAAAGCAUGCAGACACUGCAGGGACCUCCCAGAGAACAGGACUGUGUAGACCCUCCCUCAUGCCCCGCUUGUCGAGAGUUACCGGUGUCCAUUCUUGUUGGGGGCCACAUUUACCUCCAGUUCUGUUUAUGCUUCAUCAAGUCUUUGUGUGCAGCAGGUGCCCAAAUAGAUCCUUUUUAAGAACUGA